AUGGUCAUCUUUUUGUUUGUUCUGCUUUCUUUUGCUCUUCUUCUUCCUUUUCUUAGGCGGAAGCCUUGCAAGUCUCGGUCGAAAAGUCCAUCAUCGAAGCAAAAGAGGUUUGUUCUCCGUUUCACCGUUCCCGGUUGCGCUGCCUGUCCACAUGAGCCUGUUGCUUUAGCCUCUGGACGGUUGGACAAAUGUGCUUUUUCUUUUGUCUGCUUCAAUGACCCCGAUCAUGUGAACCCUUUCAACUGGACUCGGCAGCCGGCCUGCGUCUCGGGCUUCGCGAGUUCCGAGUUCGAGGCCGGCCGAGGACAGUUUGGUACCUGCCGUCCGGGCGCUUUUCUAUGA